UGUAUCGUGUGGUGAUUUUUCGAAGUGGCAGUCAGCCCAACUAGCAGCAAGCUGCAAAUAAAAUCGAAAUUUUACCCUUCGUGAAAGUGCGGUUGCAAUAUCAAAGGGACACUAGUUGUUUCCGGUGGCCGCGGGGAAUCCGCUGUGAAUAUUUUGGUGCCGAGUAAAAGCCGUGACUUGCGGUAAAGUGAAUUUUGAUCCUCGCCGUGAGCUGCCGACAGCAAAAGGCUGAAUGGAAGACAUUUUUCUUCGCACUGAAAAAUCCUCUUCAUUCUGUGUUUUUUUUCAUAGGAUAUUUUUAAUGCCGUUCAAGUAGGAAGAAUUGGGACUCAUAAUCGUGUAAUUGGGUUUAACCGUACUCUAUGUAUACCGCAACGUUGGAGAAGGUCAUUAUUCAAACAGCCCUCAGAUGGUAGCUCUUUUUCACGUAUCUGAUGGACGAAUUUUACUGGCACUGAAAGUGGACAGUUGAGUUGACGACGACGGCAACGAAUGUCGUAUCGUUGUGUCGAUAAGCGACACAUGGUUUCCGGAACUCGGCCAUUGCAGAAAUUGUGUUAAUCAGGAUUAUCUCCAGUGUUCUUACGGUAAUCAUUCGAAUUAUUUCAUAAGCUCGUCACUCCUGGGAAGAUAGGUGUGAUAUUUGAACAAAAUGUGGUCAAGGCAAAAAUAUGUCAUGAAGAAUCAAUGUGGCAGCGGUAGACAUAUUGGAUCUUGAAUUAUGUGAGCGAAUCUGAUCAGUUUGCAAUAAUAAUUAAUCCAUAUUUUCUGUACUCCUGCAAGACAUUUUGUGGAAAAAAAAUUAUUCAAUGGAAGAUAAUUUUUGAUUGAGCAACCAGUCGAAGCACAGUAGCUGUAGAAGUGGAAGAAAAAAUUGAAUUAUUAUAAAAUGAUUGAAUGAAAGAGCAAAAAUAAGGUGGAAAAAGUCAAAAGUGACAGUGUAUCGAGCUGUCAGUGUGAGAGAAACAGAAAAAAGGCAAACCCAAGUUGCUACAACGAGUGAGAAGAGUUUGAAAUAACAACAUUAAGCUGCAAGAGUGAAACGAACCGCACAGGCGAACGAAAUAGCUGCACUAUCUCGGACGUUGUAAAACGUCAAUUCACUUAACGAAUACUGUUAAAGAAAAAUAAAUAAUUGAAACACACACUCAUUCAGCGGGAAUCAACAUCGCAAGUGUCGGUGAAAUCGUGCUGUGUGAUUUCGAAGUGAAUUUUCUUCAGCCAGAAGAAAAAGAGCGAAUCGGUAAUAACAAGUGGUUAUAAAAGCAAAUAAGAAGAGGCGAAAUAUCAAGUGAUAAUAGAAUAAUCAGUGGUUUCUUUUUGUUUAACACAUCUGUUGGCUAUCUUGUGGUUAAUUUUUGUACUUGUGAAUCGAAUAGUGCGAACAAUUCUAUCAGGUAUAGAAAAAAAAGUUUGUACGGAAAGUAGGUGAUCACACUGUCUUCGGUUUGCAAACGGGAAGAGUGUGAAAUAAAGCUACAGAAAAACUGCAUGGACUUUUCUUUACGUUCCGUCGAAUGUCGAUAGAAAAAGUAGUAGCUAGAAGCAGGCAAGUCAUCGACUACUGCACACACAUGUAAAAGGCCUUGGUGGAGCGAGACACGUCUGGCUACUGGACCCAGCCCAGGAAGCGCUCGUCUCCUUUUUCUGUGCUCCUCCUUGCAAAGGAAGGAUAAAGUCACGGUUUUUUGGGGAAACCCUCUUUGAAAACAGGAUCUGUCAAGAUCAGAAUCGAAGGUGAACUGCACACAAGAUAUGGAUACCGGAGGUUACGUGUUAUUGAAUGGAGACGCAGGUAAAAUGCCAACAACUGCUGCAGUGUAUCCUGCCGGUGCAGAUGCCAUCAUUACCGGUGGCAUGGCUGGAUUGACCCUGGUAGGAACUCAUCCCUCACAAGGUGCGCAUCUGACAUUGGCACCGGCUGCCGGAACGAUGGUCCCAGGUGUCACAACCAUCCCGGCGACAAUUGCCGUUGCCACCGACUACACGACCAUGAACGGCAACAACAACAACCCCUCCAGUAGUAGUACCGGUACCAACAGUAAUGACCCUGUGGCCGGCGAUUACUACACAACUACCCAGCCACAGCAGCAGGAUAAUUCCAACAAUAGCACUUCUACUUCCUCAUCUACGGUUACCACCACUAUCAACAACAGUAACAGCAGCAGCAAUCAGAGCAGUCUAACUGCCGCAAAUAUUAACAAUAAUAUAAGCACACAAACGGCAUCGUUGGUGGGUGGCGGUGUCGUCAACAAUGGUAGCGGUAAUAAUAUCGCCCAAAACACCACCAGUGAUACUACUAGUACCGAACUCAGCGGUAUGCCUUUAGAGCAGCUGAAGCAGCAGCUACAAACGCAGCUCGACUAUUAUUUCUCGAGAGAAAAUUUAGCCAACGACACAUAUCUGCUCUCGCAGAUGGACAACGACCAGUAUGUGCCCAUCUGGACGGUGGCCAAUUUCAACUUGGUAAAAAAGCUAACGAAAGAUAUCAAGUUAAUAACCGAGGUGCUGCGCGAAUCACCCAACGUUCAGGUAGACGACGAAGGAUUGAAGGUGCGACCGAACCAUAAAAGGUGCAUCGUUAUCUUGCGUGAAAUACCGGAUAAUACGCCAAUCGAAGAAGUUAAGAAUAUUUUCCAAGGUGAAAAUUGUCCACGGUUUAUCUCGUGCGAAUUCGCGCACAAUAAUUCAUGGUACAUAACAUUUGAAUCUGAUGAUGAUGCCCAGAAAGCCUUCCGUUAUCUUCGCGAAGAGGUUAAAGAGUUUCAGGGUAAACCAAUAAUGGCACGUAUUAAAGCCAAACCGAUGAAUAGGCUUCCGAUCACGGCUGGUGUUCCGUUGAAGAAUGGUUUCCGAACAACGCCACCGCCGGCUGCCCCAACCGCUGUCGUUGUUCCCCCGGGAGCGGCACCUGCAGCCGCUGCUGCCGCCGCAGCCGCAGCUGCAGCAGCGGCCACUGUAUACGAUCAAACUCAAGCGGCCGCAGUUGCCGCCGGCGCCUUCACUGGUCAACAACGCUACAUUGCACUUCCGCACAAUUCGGGUGCAAUUCCGCAGGGAGCUGCCGUACCCACGUAUAACGCUCCGGUUCAUAUGUUUCAACCAUUCCAGCAACACUUUUACCCCGGCAUAAUGCAACCAUGGCCAGCAGCUCCACCACCUACCCAGAAUUAUUACGACCUCAGCUCCUUUGUUACGAGCAACGGAUUGGCUCCUCAGGUUACAUUUGCUCCUCCGGGAGCAAAGCAGCAGAACGGACGGUACAGUGUACAGGGAACUGGUAUGGGCGGCCCGCAUCGUGGUGGUAAUAUACGACCCAAACGCCAACCUAACCCAUCCAUGGCUGGAGGCGUUGGAAGUAAUGAACAUCGAUCUGGUGGCGUGAAUAGCGGUGGUAGCAUCGGUACAAACAUAGGUGGAACGCAGAGCAAUGUUGGUAUAUCGGGAUCCAGUGAAAACCAACCAAAUCAUCGAGUACCGAACCAGCAAUCGCACUACCAUCAAUCGGCCGCUCCACAGCAGCAACAAAGCCAAACGCACUAUCAAUCGCAAUCCGGAGGAGGUGGCAAAAAUUCUUCUCUGUUAGGUCAUGGCGGAAAACCUUAUCACAAAGAUCAAUCGAUUGUGCCACAUUACCAGCAUUAUCAGCCACAGCAAACACAUUACAGCAAUCAUCCCCAAACACACCAUCAUCACCAAUCACAGCAGCAACAGCAGCAGCAGCAGCAACAACAACAACAGCAACAGCAGCAAGGUGAUGACUCAAGCAGCGGAUCUGGAAUUCGAUCGGGGAACAACACCGGAAGCAAUGUUGACCAUUAUCAAACUAAUGAUGAUAACGGAGGUUAUAGCAGCUUGCCAUACAAUAGUGGUCGAACAAAGAAUCUAGACGUUCAGCAGGGUGGACCGUGGGUAACAAAUCCUACACGACGGCAUCCGCGUCGAAGAAAAGAUGAAGUGGACAGCGGUGGUGGUGGAAGUGUUCUGUACACUAAUAGUGUUCGAUCUAGUAAUAUGAACUAUAGUAGUAAUAGUAACAUUAAUAGUAACGGUGCAAACGCCAAUGUAAAAGUAAUGAAUACAACUAGUCUCAAUCAAUUGAUCCCUUCUACUGGAGGUCCUCCACACGGUCGUGGUGGGCCACGCGGAAGUGGCGGAAUCAGUGCAGCCAAUAGUGAAAAUAUUCACAAUAAUACUGCUUCGGGAAACGUGAUAGCGUCGAUGGGUGGCGAAGCUGGAGGCGGUGGUAGUCACCAUCAUUACCAUCACAGCGGUGGUGGUGGUGGUGGGGGCUAUCAUCCCCAUCAUCAUCGGGGUGCGGCUUCGACUGGUUUUCAUCAACAGUCGUACCAUCAUCACCAAACUCAGCACCAGCAGCAGCCGUCGCACUUGCAGCAACAGCAAUCGUCCAGCAGUAGCAACAGUGCACAGCAGCAGAAUGCCCCCAGCACCACUCAAUCGACGCAAUUCGACCUAGAACCAGCUGCAUUUCCGCCUCUUCCAGGGCAGGACGACAAUAUUGCCGGUACCGGAAAUACUGGAAGCGGAGGUGGCGGUCGCAACAAACAUCACCAAGCACGCGAUCACCACCACCAUCACCAAACGCAGCAACAUGCUCACGGUACCGGCAUCGGUGGCCAGUCCAAAGCUGCUGACUCCGGAGUUGGAUCCGGUUAUCAAGGUUCCUCAACAGAUCACGGUUCGUCCGAUGCUCCAGCUCAUCCAGUUGCCGCUUGGGGUGAAAGCCGACUAGCUGACGUCGUGAAAGGUACUGCACCAGUUACGAAUGUAUCGAAAUCAAAAACAGCUACAUCCCCUUCACCAAUGAUUGCCAGCGGCAACACCGGAAACCAAAACAAUAGUGAGCAUAGUCAAAAAAACUUGAUAGCUUCGGCAGCUGCCACUUUAGAAGUGAGCGCAGCCGCCGGACGUGAUCAAUCGACAGCUAGUACUACAAGCAGCAGCGCUCAGCAACAACAGUCUGCUUCUACGACACCGGCCAUGGAUGAGACCAAGCACGCCGCCGCUGGUGGAAACAGUAAUAAGGAUUCGGCUGCUGUUUCUGCUACUGCCAACAGCAGCAACACCAGUAGCAACACCGGCAGCAGUAGCGGUACCAAUAAUUCUAGCAAAAUAACUAAUAAUCCUCUUCCUGUGAUAAAAAGUACGACUUCUAGUACGACACUUGCAAGCACCACUGCUGAUAAAUCCACAAAGACUGACGAGUCAUUGCUACAAGCAAAUGGCCUAGAAUCGACUACGACGACAUCCGCAUCUUCUGGUUCCAACACAACGACUGCAAAUCGUAAGGCAAAUAAUGAUCACGCUGGUACGGUGACGAACUGCCCUACGACUGCCAAUGCUGCUACGAUGACAAUGACUGAGCUCGUGAGUGCUUCAUCCACUUCCUCAACUUACGCCACUGGCAAGCAUCAGCACCAGUUAUCCAAUAGUACUGCCUCUGUUGCUACUGCCACUACUAUUAAUUCACACGCUCCAGUGGCUGUAAUUUCCACUUCAACGAUGACCACACCGGUUGUCAAGGCGAACAGUAAUUCUGGAACCACCGCGGCCAAUAGUAACAACAAGCAAGGUUCUGGUUCGUACAAACAACCCCAAAAAACUUCAGCUACAAUUGCAUCGACGGCCGCUGCCAUUGUUUCUGCAGCUUCCUCGAACUCGGCACAGCAACCAGCUGCGCCGCCUCCUUUCUCUUUACAAAAUCAUCCUCCGCUGGGAGGCGUGGCUGCUGUGAUUCCCGAACCGCAGCAACAAACUCAAGUACGUCUCAGCUACGCUCAAGUAGCACAGCACUCGAAGGAACAACAACUUAAAGAGAAGGAGCAGCAAAAUCAAGACACAGGAUCCAGCAAAGCUACCGGUGACAAAGAAAAUAGUACCUCCGGUACUAAUAGUAGCAGUGCUCAACAAUCAAUAGCAGCUAGUGCAGCUGGAGCUGGCACCGGUUCCGGUGGUUCAACGAUUGCUGGAGGAAACAAGAAGAAGGAAUCGCAGCCAAGCGCAAGACUGUCUACAUCGUCUCAGCAUAGUAACGACGGAUUCAGAGAACCAAGAGAUACUCGCUACAACAGUGGUAACAAUGGUCCCACACAUGUUGUCAACACUCGACCUGCCAAAGAGCAACGCACCACGUCUGUUUCAGCUGCUACGGCCAAUAGCAGCAGUACAGCACCUGUAGCUGUUGCUAGUAGCGGUGCUGCAAGUGUCCAAACAGGCUCAGCGUCUGCUCCAGUGUCUUCUGCCAGUGGUGCUGCUAACAACAAUGCAGCAUCUUCCACAAGCUCAGCGACGGCAGCAACUGGAGGCCAUCGAGGUGAACAGAACAAUAAUAACCUUGCUACCAGUGGAAAUGUCAGCAAUUCUAAGGUAGCCGCUUCUGCUACAGGUGGUGGAAGGUCUGCACCACGACCGCACCAAUUGAAGGAUUACGUCCAACAGCCACAGCAGGCGCAUCAUCAAAUCCCAAGAAGUCCCAAAUGAUGACGCUUAAUCUGGAUCUAAGUGUGGUAAAAGUCUAAAGGUCAAGUCAGGGCAAGCAGCAACUGCAACCCGCGUGUUGUUUAUUGUUAGAGCGAGGUUUGUAGCUGAAGCAGUAAGCAGCCAACGACAGUGGAUAAGGUAGUUCCUUUUUUUGGAAGGGGAUGUGUAUGUGUGUAUAUACAGAAACGAGGGAUGUUGUCGUUUUAUUUUUAUUGGGUAUAGAUAUUUUUGCCAGUCAGUUUGGCAACUGAAAAAAUACUGGGCAGGCGAAAGAAGACUGUAGGAAAUCAACUUAGAUAGACUCUACAGAUUUUUGUAUUCCUCAGAAGGAUUCGUCUAUCUACAGUUCUUGGUGAUUGAGAAUGUUAUUUUUUGUUUGUUAAUUUUUUGUGUUAAUAUUAGAUAGUAGAUAGGAGGGAAACCUGCCUUGUUGAAGAUUAUAGGGCAUAUGCCCACUGUGUUUGGCAUGGGGGAGUGGAUUUCAGGGAUGUGACAUUUUGAGAUUGUGAGAGUCAUGGUUACUUUUCGAAGAGCUUCGAAAAGUACUGGAAUACAUCGUCUCUUCAAUCACACAUAACUUCGCCGAAAGCGUUUAAAAUGGUUGAAACGGAGAUAUUGUAAAAUGCUGUCUCUAUGUAAUGACAUGGACGUGCAAAAGCAACGAAUGAGCUAGAUGAUUCAAUCGUAUGACAAUUUUUAGAUGUAGCUGUAGGGUCGUCAACCUUUCUAAAAACUUACUACCAUAGUUAAAACAAACUGGAAUUCGUUUUAGUAGGAAUAGUUUAAGUUAGUUUACAAACACACAUCUUUGAUAUUUCUAUGACAAAUUUCUCGUACAAAUAUCAAAGACCGCUGCUUUACCGUGCUGAUGCAGAUUUGAAAAAUCAAGAGCUAUUCAUAUUUGAAUGAAACAUGUUACGACUAUGUCAGUUGAAUCGGCUAACGAAUAUUGUAAUUCUAAUCGAUUCAAAAAUAAUAUAAUGUUUCCUGACUCGUGCAAGUCUGUUUUGCCAGCUUUUUCUUUUGCUCAAAAAAAUUGAAAGAGAUCAAUUUACUCCGUUAAAUUUCUAACUUUAGCGAUAAGCUUGUUAUAGGUGCACUUGUAGCUCUGAAUUGCUUAAUUGUUUUUUUUCUUCGAAUAAUAUGUAUACUGAAACCAAAAUGAAACUUUCAAAGCCAGAGGAGACAAGAGUAACAUCCAAUAUUUUUUGCAAUUUAUAUUAUCUCCUUCAAACAUGCGAUUCUUGAGAAUGAAAACCAAACACACCUCUUUAAUCCCUCCCUCAAAAAUUAUAUCGCUAAUAUCGAGCAAAAAAAACAUAUUUCAAAACUAUAAAAAAAAUAAAACCUAGUCUUCUAUUGUUUACGUCCAAAAAUGGAGCAAUGCGAUAGCAAAAAUCUAUUUAAAACUAUAUGUUCGUUUUCUUAUUCCUAUAAUUCGAUUAUAUUAUUAUUGUACAAUUAUUAUUAUCAUUAUUAUUCUUAUUACCAUUAUUAUUCAAUAUAACUUAAUGAUGAUUUGGUUAUGUUGUAGGCUCAAAAAUAUUGAAUAUAAAAAAAAAACAGCAACAGGCAUUCUUUAAACAGCAACAACAAUAACAGCGGAUAUUACGACUAGCAAUUAUUAAAUAGCUUGAUUUCACUUCGUAAUCCUCUUCCAAGAAUGAUUUUUCCUCACUGAAAAACGUUUUCAAGAAAUUUGGCAUUGAUUUUGCUACGUAAAUCAGUACAGAUUAAUUUUUUUCAAAUAUUGUUCAGAGAAUAUUUGAAUAUUUUUUAAUGUUGUAAAAAUAUAUUUUUUUAUUACUUAUUUUAUUCAUUUGUACAGAAAUGGACAUUUUUCUGCUUUUUUUAUUGCCACGUCAAGGAUGGUUUUCUAUGUUGGGUAAUGUUCGUUUGAGUUCUGAGUGAUUAACAUUGUCUCAUUUUCACGUUUUUUUUUAUACAGGAAACAUUAUCUAACACGAGGUUUUGGGAUAUUUCGGGAACGUUAAUAUGAAUUUUUAUUUAUCGUUGCUCUGAUUUUUUUUUUUUAAUAAAUGCUAGCUUGCGUUUUCUCAAUCCGACGCUCUUUAAUGAUGAAUAUUUUUGUAUUUCAAAUAAUUUUCUAAAGAUUGUAUAUUGACAUGCUUUCUGAUUUUCCUUUUUCCGGGAUUUUCAUCCUCGCGGAUGAUUCAGUCCUUAUAUACUUACAUAAUAUUAAAUAAUUUUUAAUAGUCUUCUCGCAAGGUUAUGGCGAAUUCAAAGCGUCGUAUUUCAGUAAAAUUAAUUGUAAGGUUCAUCUCAUGUAUGCCUGUACGUUACUGUUUACAAUUUGAAACUUUCACAACUCCACGUGCACAUUUACUGGCUAAUUCAAAGUGUAUCUAUUUGGAAUAUGCUACAACAUUUAAAGAGGAAAACAGUUAAUUCAGACUUUUGGGCUCGCUAAACUUUAUUAUUGUAGGCCAGCAGACACGAAUUUUUUAUUUACAUUUAUGAAGUGUUGGUUCCAAUUGUUAUUUGGUUUUCUUUUUAUCUCAACUGCCGCUGUGUAAUAUUUUGUUGUUUUGUUUUCUUGUUUUUAGUAUCGUGUUUUAUUCUUGGUUAGUCGCGAUAGAUAGUCCAUCUCAUUUCCAUAGACACCAAAUCCUACGUUCUCACCGAUCGACUUAACUAUUUGGCAGAUUUCAUUGUAUCACAUCACACAGUCUUUCCUAUAAUUAUUUUUUGUAUUCAAUCGACCGUAGUGCUGCGUUUUAGAUUUUGCGUAGAACAAAAGCACGAUUACCCCUCAUUUGAUCUGCUAUGCUACGUAGCUCCAGUUUAGAAGAAACAAGUAGAUGCCCAGCUAUUUUCGGCUCAGUUUCUAAGACAAAUUAGCACGAAUUAAAAUGCUGGCAGCACGGAACAGAAUAUCCAUUGAAAGAUCACGAAUCUUAGAGAUUUUAACUGCCAAUAUGGAUUAGAAGUAAAAUAGUUUAACAAACCCAAUGAAUGUAUGUCGAAGCACGGAUGCUGAAACGUGGCGUGAAAGUUGAAACUGCCAAUUGUUUGAGGGUCUUUUGUGUGAUGAACAAAACCACAUGCACUUAUUUCCAUUAAACUCGGAAGCAAAUUAGUGAUGGGAACAAAUCCUUCGACAUCCCCCACCUCACCACUCCGCCCCUUAUUUCAUCCCUCAACUGUGGAGACUUCAGCAAAGUUAUGCGGGCGGGCGCUGAUAAAAGAGAGCGUAGAAAUGGAUUAAUUACCAAUUGCUAUUUAGUUUCUAAGCGAUAUUAAUAUUGUUUGUUUUUAUUUUGCUAGGAGUUACUAAAUAUGAUAAUGAAGAAAAAACUAUAGAUAAACCUAUGAAAUAAAUUAUGAAUAGAAAAAUAAUGCGGGAAUAUUAGCACACGUAUAUUGAAGUGGUUAGAUGAAACCUGCUAGGUUUCAUCUGUGUGCGAUUUGUGAGGUACCGUAAUGAAUCGGUUAACCCGAAAGAUCAGUUUAUAAAACUAGGGAUUCUGUCACAUAUAUAUUGGUGAAUAAAAUGUGAAAAUACAUCCAAAACACACACACUAUAAUCAACCGUAGGUUAGCUUUGUAAAGUACUAUUUAAAAAAGAAUAUCUACAUAAUAAACUAAAAAAGGAUAUAUGAAACUAUAUAAGAUUAAGAAACAAUUAUUGUAAAGAUUUGCGGAAAUACCCGAUUGAUCGUGUUAAUUUAAAUGCUUAAACAAAGCUAGGCAAACCUAGUAGAACGAACGAAGGCCGCAGUAUGUAGAAAGCAAAUAACAUAGUUUGGGGCCGGACCCUUCUUCCAGGUUGAAUAAAUUGAUCGAAAUGGCGGAGGAAUGGUCCCGGUGCAGGAAAAAACAACAGAGAAAUCAAGAAAGUGUUGAGCCAACAGUGUUUAGCAAAAUGUGUCGCGAUAAAGAAAACUACACAACACAACACAAAAACACACGCAACACACUUAUCUUUAAAAUUUAAUUAACAUAAAUCAAAAGUAUAUUAAUUAAAGUACUAAAGAUAAGCGUAAACAAAGAAAAACCUAUCGAUUGAGAAAUACACAAACAUUGUUGUAAAGUAAAAUUAACUACAAAGAUGAAAAAAAAAACAAACAAACCCAAAAACAUAGAAAAAAUACAAGACGCAAAAAGCAACAAAAAAAGAGA